AGAAUCUCCAAUUCAGUUCCUAUACUUCUUUCAAUUCCUAUACUCGUCGAUACUGUUUAUAAUUUGUAACUUUUUAUAUGACUUCAUGAAGUCUAUUAGUCUAUAAUUCACUUAAUUAUAUUUUACAAAACCGUUUUCUAAAGUUUGCCAAAUUUUUACAAAGCUUUAUAAAAUUUGUCAAAAGAUGUUUAUAAAGAGACUAUAAUGUUUUAAAAGCCAGAAAGACACUACAAUACAAAAUGAGCAAAAUCACAGUGAAGUUUGUUGAUGAUCAUUCAUGACAUGCAGUUUAUGUUAGGCAAUUGGUAUAUGGACUGCGAACAUGUCAUUUUCACUAUAUCUAACACAUAUAAUUGCGAUGCUUUGGGUCUUUUGCAUGUUCUCUUCUUUUGCAUGGCUCACCUGAUAAUUAGUUGUCAUUUAAAUUUGGUUAGAGAAAUGUACAAUAUUACAUUUAUUAUAUAACCAAUUUUGAAAACUAGAUUGGAACCAUCCAAUUUUAUUAGAGUUUAUUUUUCUAAAUAACAAAAAAAAUUUGAGAUCCAAAAGUAUAUUUCAAAGGUAAAAUAGCUGUUGCUUUACGUGUAAGUUUUUUGUUGUUUCAUUAUAAAAAAUGGAUGAUUGGUUGGAUUGAUUUAGAAUUUCUACUUUAAAUUUACUAGUGUCAAUGUCUUCUGAUUUUUGUGUGUACUUUAUAAACUGGGCAUCUUAAUAGGCCUACUAAAAGCUUAUUGGGCUUUACUUAAUAAGAAACCAGACAAGAAAAAGAACUAAGACCGUGUAGUAAAAGUAUAUAAACCCUACGAGCGUGCCUCUCUCUCUCGAGUCGAAGCAAGACAGUCAUGGGAUCACUAAAAAGGAAAUCAUCAUGGAGCUCGAAAACCCUAGCUAAGUCAAAGAAGAGGAAAGGUCCUCACUUGCCCAACUCAAUACUCAAGAUCAUCGCCACCCAGAAACGUCCCUUGAACUCCGAUGACAAUGAGAUCGAUUCCGACGUCGAUUUGUACGAGUACGAAGAAGGCAUCCCUGAAGAGGAAUCCAGAAAAAACAACCGCUACGGCCGUCUCGAUAACUACGAAUUCAAACUUCCUGAUGAUUUUGAGGAUGAAGACGUGGAGUCAGAGGAUGAUGAAGAUGGUCUGAACAGUGAGUAUGAUGGUGAUGAUGAUAGACACACACGGAUGUUGCAAGUACUCACUGGGAUGCCUAGUGCAGCUUUUAAUAGUGAGAAUAAGAGCAAACCUCUGCUCUUCACUGAACCUUAUCCAGAAGGUGAAUUCAAUCCCACACGUGACGUUCUCUCGGGUAAAAACAUCCUCACCGAGGAAGACUUCUUGGCGCCUCUUGAAGAGUAUCACAAAACAAGCAAACAAAUCUCCCGGAUGAGGAAAGAUACUUACAAGUCCCUUGUUCACCCUCCUCUGCCGAAGCCAGACCGUGAAAGACUGGAACGUAAAGCGGCGAGAGGACUAGUUGAUGAGGAGUUUAGCAAGUGGGUGCAUCUGGUGAAAAGGAACAGGGAGGCCCCGACUGUUUACUUUAACCAAGAAGUCGUCAAUCUUGGAAAGUCUACGGUCGGCGCAAUAGCAUCGGAGUUUCAACCGAGGACUGAGUUUGAGAUGAGGAUGGCUUCUGUGCUUAAUGAUAAUGAGGUCUCGGAGGCUCAUAGAGAAGAUGGUGCUCGGCUUCUUGAAUUGAACCAGGUUUCUAUGGAAGACCACAUAAAGGACUAUAACCACAUUGCCAAGAUGCGGAGCCUUCUCUUUAACCAUGAGCGAAAGAGUAAACAGAUCAAGAAGAUUAAGUCCAAACUUUAUCACCGCCUCAAAAACAAAGACCUGAGGAACUCGGUGCUGGGAGCAUUAAUGGACCCAGAGAUGGCUAAAGAAGAGGCUAUGAAGCAGGAGGCUAGACGUGUAGAGGAACGUAUGACGUUUAAGCACAAGAACAGAGGAAAAUGGGCCAAACGAAUGGUAAGACGUGGACUGAAUGUGAAAUACAAUGGAACUGGGGAAGCUAUCACUGAGCAACUUCAGAUAAAUGCUGAGUUGUCCAGAAAGAUAAACUCCUUGAGAGAUGGAAGUAGCAGUGAUGAAGAAGAGUUGAGUGAUGGUUCGGAUCAGGACACUCCUUAUAAAUUGUUAGCAAAAGCAAAGGAGAAGACGCUGAGAGCUUUGGAAGAUGAUGAAGUGUGCAACUCUGGUCUUAUGUCAUUACCUUUCAUGGUCCGUGCUAUGAAAAAGAAAAAUGAGGAAGCUAAUGAAGAAGCUAAGCGUGCAGUAGAGGAGUAUGAAGAGUGGGAGAAUUCUGGUGGAGCAGUAAAGCCUAAAAAAACAAUUAGUGUUAGUGGUAGAAGAGUGUUUGGUGCAAUCGAAGCUCCAAAAGAGUCUAAAAAGGAUUCAGAUAACUUCUAUGACAACAACAGUGAUAGUGAUAUAGACGAUAAUGACUUAGAGGGUGUAAGAGAUACUGCAUCACCUGCUAGAAGAAACACUGGAACCACUACAGAAACUGAGGUAACGAGAGAUGAAGGAGGUGAAGAUUCAGAGAGUGAAGCAGAGCAAAUGGUGGACGGGAUCUUUGAAGUUCCUAGUCAAGCAGAGCUUAUAAACCGUGCUUUUGCUGGUGAUGAUGUGGUAGGUGAGUUUGAGAAGGAGAAGCAAGAGGUUCUAAACCAGGAAGUUCCUGAACCGGAAAAGCCGGUUCUGCUUCCUGGUUGGGGACAACCAUGGCCUACCAAUAAGAGAGGUUAUCAUCAGAUCAAAACAACAAGGAAAGAAGAAGAUGCUCAGAGAAAGAGAGAGGAAGCUCUCAAAACAAGGAAAGACUUUCGUCUUAAACAUGUUAUCAUAUCAGAGAAAGUCGAUAAAAAGGCUGAGAAACUUCAUACUACGACUCCACCUUUCCCUUUUACAUCAAAGGAAGUUUUCGAACAUAGUAUGCGUAUGCCUAUAGGACCCGAGUUUAAUCCCUCUACUGUUGUUGGAGAUCUAAACCGUCCAGAGGUUGUGAAGAAGACUGGAGUCAUAAUCAAACCGGUGAAGUUUGAAGAAGUAAAUCCAAAUGAGGAAGUAGAUGAUGAACACCCUCGAAACCAUCAGAAACCAAGACUCAAUAAGAAAACUAGUAGACGCCAAAGCAAAGUCAAGUAAAAGAUAAAAGCUCCAAAGAUUGUUCCAUUUCUUAUACUUUAUUUAGAAACAUUUGUUGAUCCCAUGGGAUGAGUUUUGCCUUUGUAACUUGUCUUAUUUUAUAAAAUAUUUGACAUUUUGCUGUUUAUUUCAAAUCCUUGGUCAUCUC